AUGUCCUCUGAACAAACAACAAGUAACUCUCCGGUCUUGACUGCCCAGAGCGAUCUGAGCAUGAUGGAAGCCCCUGUCAACAGCCAAGUCAUCAACCAUGCGGACCGCACCCUGCAAGCAAUAGACCGCCUCAGGGAAAUGCUGGCCACUUGUUCCUCAGCACUGGCAGAUGCAAUCGAACAUAAUAUGCCUGAGGAGAACAAGAACUCCAUUCGCCAAACCAUUGCAGCGACAGAAGGCAACCUGGUCAUGCUGAUCUCGGCCCAUGGUCAUCUAGUGCGCUCAAGUCCGGUUCAAGCUGAGCAAACUGCUCCUCAGUCUUGUCUGGUACCCCGCGAGCUUCCAGUAUUUCAGUGGCAAGGCAACGAGUGGGACCACACACAGAAGGUCUAUGCAUCCAUCGAAGAAUGCCUGGACAAGUUUGAGGAUGUGCUGCACUCGUACAGCAUGGACCUCAACGUCGACUGGCACCGCCUCCUCCCAAUUGUAUUGUCACGCGAGCAAAGAUCCUGGUUUGACAACUACUUGCGCAGUUCCCCAGAACUCCCCUGGUCCUUUGCUCGGUGUUGUGGUGAUUGGGAAAAUUAUAUGACUGGAGUCAGUCUCAAUGAAGUAUUAACAUCGAAAUCAAUACUCAUUUACAACACUCGGGAUGCCUUCAUCAAGGCAUAUGGAAUCAAUGACCUUGAGAGACGCGUUCAGCUCACACAUGAGCUGAUGCUCAUGCGUAUGCAAACCACAGAGUCCAUCAGCAACUAUACGGACAGAUAUCAGAGGGUACGCCACGAAGCUGAUGUAGCCGAUAAUAUGCAGGCUGCCAUUACCUACACUUCCAUGCUGCUACCAGAGCUUGCACGCCAGGUCUCCCUCCUUCAGGUCAACAUGCCCAGAGAAAAGCAUGACACAAUUGAUAAAGCCGCAUCUCUGGCCAGGUCUAUUUACAGCACAGUAUUCUUAACCGCCCGUAGCAAUGAGCCCGUGGCCAGGGCACACACCUUGGGUUCUGAGCAGGUGUCCCGCACAUCUUCUUCGUCUUCUGCUGGGCGCUCAUCUGGUUCAUCAAGGGAGAACGCUCAAAGCUGUGAGCGUUCAACUCACAAGAGAUGUUCCCUACAUGGUAAAGGUAACCAUGACACUGAGGAUUGUCGCAUCCUCAAGAAUGCACUUGCCACCAAGGGCGGCAAUUGGGUGGAGAAGGCACCCCACGCCAACAAGUACAUUGAUUCUGCUCCCUGUCGUUGGUGCAGCGAAGUUUGGUCUCACAAACACCGCUGUUCUUCGGUCUCUGGUUCCUCCAGCUCUUCUGGUUCUGCGUCUGGCUCUCCCCAGGGUUCUGCUCCCCACUUCGCCGUCCGCUCCAUCCACACUGUCACCAACGACAGUACUCCCUCAGAUGCCAGCUCAUCUGAGGACGACCAGUCCAUGGUCAUGGACUUUGAACAGUGCUCCACAUGUAAGUAUACAAGCACUCACACAGAUCACAAUAAACGAUCUACUCACUCCUAUCUUGUUCCUAUCUCUUUAGAGGAGGAGAAACUGUGGGCAUUGGUGGACACAGGGGCUACUAUCAGUUCCGUCAGCACCAAGAUCUGUAGCAAGUUGGGCUGGCCCACAAUUCCGCGCAACGGAAAAAUUGUGUUGGCCACUAACAACACUAUAGCUCAUAGACUAGGAGUAACAAAACCAAUAAAAGUUUUUUAUAACAACAAACAUAUUAUACAUUCAUUUGAAGUUUUGGAUCUUGCUGAGAACAUAGAUGUUAGCAUUAGUACAGAUUUAAUGCCAAGUCUAGGUAUUCAUUUACUUGGACUAGCAGAGAGUUGGUACGGUUCUAAUACACCUCAGACUCCAACACCCAUAGCAGAAAUAGAAAAACCCAAUAAUGCACCAGCUGGCACACCCACUGAACACUCUCAAUUCAUGAAGGCUCUACUACCCUUUAUUAAAGCAAAUGAAGCCAUACCCAUCACUUCAUUUUGUACAGUUAAGGAAUCUAUUGUACGACUACUAACACCUCCAGGCCAAAGCACGCACAACGCUCCUAACAGUCUACCAGAUAUGAAAAAAAGAAUUGAACAAAUGGAGACUGUCGUAUUCCCAGCAAUCUGCGAACGCAUCAAAGCUACACAAGCUGCUGAUAAAGGAAAACACAACAAAGACCAUAAAAUAAUAAUGGAGUUCCCGAACGACAGCAACGUGAUGAUAAAGAACAUAUUAAGAAAGUCUAAGACGGACCCAAGAUAUGAAGGACCAUUCACAGUCAAGGGCAGAACAAAGGGAGGCAGCUACAUUUUGCAAGACAAAACGGGAGCACUUCUAUCACGAAACAUCCCACCUUCGCAGAUAAAGCUGAUCUCACAAGAUACUGUUAUAUCUCCAGAUAGCUUUUACGAGAUACAGGCCAUCAUUGAUCAUUGUCAAGAAAAAGGCGACUACCUUUACAGAGUGCGCUGGAAAAACUAUGCACCAGAUCAAGACACUUGGGAGCCCACAAGCAAUUUCAACGAUCUGAGCAUAAUUGACAAAUAUUGGCAAAGACGAGGUCCAGAGAAACCCACCAAUAAAUCUACAAUUAUACAUAACAAGCGUACACAUCCAACACAAGAGCCUACAUGCUUUAGCAAACGCACACGCAAAUAA